AUGACCGCAAUAAAAAAGGUCGCUGUAUUUGGGGCGUCUGGCAACUUUGGUGCCCCGAUUACCGCAGCCCUCAUCAAAGCUGGCUUUGAGCUGACUAUAAUAUCGCGAGCCGACUCACCAACAACCUUUCCGCCUGGCGUACGUGUUAUCAAAAUAGCAUAUACACCAGAGAACUUCGCCAGCGCCCUCAUUGGGCAGGACACCGCCAUCUGCGCCGUCGGACCUGGUGGGAUUCACCACCAGACAGCUAUGAUCGAUGCGGCGGAGGCCGCAGGCGUCAAACGCUUUAUUAUUGAUGACUUUGGGUGGGGACCGAAUGUUCGUGCGCUCCCAGAGUUCCAUGAUGUUCGUGAGAAGCGGAGGGCCCAAUGGGAUCAUGCGAAGGCGAGGGCCGACGCCAACCCCAGGUUCACCUGGACUGGAAUAAGCACGGGGAAUCCUAUCGACUGGGCAAUCAAGAAAUUUCCACUCAUGGGGUUCAAUGUCACUGACCAUUCCGCAACUAUGUACGACAAAGGCGAGGAGGAAUUCACAGGCACGACUUUAGAGGGUAUCGCACAAAGUGUCGUUGGUGUUCUCACCCACCCGGAAGAGACCAAGAACCGCUUUGUGAGGGUUUUCUCCAUCAAGACCUGCCAAAACAAGUUGCUGCAAGCUCUUCAAAACGUCACGGACGAGCAGUGGAGGAUACGGAAGUCAACUACUAAGGAGCUCAUGGCAAGCGGUCGCAGUAAGCUUGCCAAUGGCACUGGUGGGUGGGUCUUAGACCUGGUCGUCGCUCAGCUGUAUGAUGAAGGCGAGGCUCGGUGUGUGGUCGCAUCCCGCAGGUCCGAAUCCGACGCCGACCUUUUGGGCGUCGCUUCCGAGACGGAAGACCAAAUUGCACGCAAGGCUCUAGGGCUUGUGUGA